AUGCAAAACCAUACCAAAGCACAUGAAUUCGUCAUUGAUUGUGCAGUAAACUGUUGGGCCAACAUUUGGAAAAUCAUUGUUAUAGUAUCUUCAGACCUCAACGUCAAAUUCGAAAUUAGAGAAUUUGUUGAAAAAGUUCGUGAAGUUUUUGACAAACUUACCUUGGAUGUUGUAAUCAUUCGUCCGGUCAGCGAAUCAAAUUUUAAUUUAAAAUGGAGGAUUGAGAAAGACGAAUCAUAUUUUAUUGUUGUCUAUAAAAAAAAAAACAUUAAAGAGUAUUUUAAAAUAUUAUUAUCUGAAAGCUAUGAAGCUCAACAAUUGAUCGAAAGAUCACCCAUUUAUUUUUAUAGCAAACGCGAUCCAUAUUAUGAAUUCACAAAUUUUUUUCCAAUUCCCGUUAUAAUUGAUGGCGACAAAUGGCCAACAACAGAAAAUUAUUUUCAAGCUCAAAAGUUUGAAUAUAAAAAUAUUCAUAAUGAAAUUCGAGAUGCACGGUCGGCGAGAGAUGCUUUUAACAUCAGUCGACACUACAACCAUUAUAAACGUCGCAAUUGGGAGCAUCGGAUACCAGAGACAGGAGAAAUUUUUAAAGAAAAAGUAAUGCGAACCGCAGUAAUGGCUAAAUUUGGUCAACAUGAACGUUUAAAAUACAUGUUACUGUCAACUGGAAACAUACCACUUCGCGAACACACAAAAAAUGAUUUAUACUGGGGUGAUGGUGGUGACUUUGGAGGAGGACAAAAUAAAUUAGGAUUGAUCUUGCAGGAAGUGAGGGAAAUUUACAUGUUAAAAGAAGUUCAAAAGAUUGCGAGUAAAUAUGGAAGAAAUGAUGAAAAAUGGUUU